AUGCAAUUAUCAAAAGAAGAUCAUUUUUAUAAUGAAUAUUGUCAAUUAAUCAAUAUUGUUUAUCGAUCAUCACUUAAACGAGCUCAUGUCUCAAGUAUAAUAUAUGCAUUGUCAAACUCAGUUACUUUCUUUAAUAUAGCGGCUUUCAUCGCACUUGGUGCUUUUCUUGUCGAUCAAAAUAAAAUUACAUUUGAGGAUAUGUACAUGGUAUUUAAUUCUGUUGCUAUGUUAGCUCAAUAUGCAAGUGGCAACUUAACGCUAUCUCCAGACUACGGAAAAGGAAUUCAAGCUGCUGAAAGAAUUUUUGAAUUAUUGAAUCGCAAACCGAUAAUCAAUAAUGAAUCAAGUGAUGGUGAUCGAAUUUCCAAUUUCAAUGGACAAAUUGAAUUUGAUGGUAUUUAUUUUACCUAUCCAAAUAGACCUGAAUCAAUUAUUCUUCGAAAUUUCAAACUCAAUAUUAAAUCUGGCCAAAAAGUAGCUUUCGUUGGUAGAUCUGGCUGUGGCAAAUCAACAACUAUGCAGUUAAUCGAACGCUUCUACGAUCCAAAUGUUGGCCGUUUGUUGGUUGAUUCAAAAGAUGUUCGAAGUCUCAAUCUUCAAUGGUAUCGAUCCCAAAUUGGUAUUGUUUCACAAGAAUCAGUUCUCUUUGAUAUGUCAAUUCGAGAAAAUAUUGCUUAUGGUGAUAAUAGUCGAACAGAUAUUCCAUUAGAUGAAAUUAUUCAAGCAGCUAUCAAUGCUAAUAUUCAUGAUUUUAUUCAACUUCUUCCAUAUCGAUAUGAAACGAAUUGUGGUCCAAAAGGAACUCAAUUAUCAGGUGGACAAAAACAACGAAUUGCUAUUGCUCGAGCAUUACUUCGAAAUCCAAAGAUUUUAUUACUUGAUGAAGCAACAAGUGCAUUGGACAGUGAAAGUGAAAAGAUAGUUCAACAAGCGUUAGAUCGUGCUCAACAAAAUCGAACAUCGAUCACAAUUGCACAUCGUUUAUCAACUAUUCAGAAUACAGAUCUUAUAUGUGUUAUACAUAAUGGAGUGAUUGUUGAAAGUGGAAAUCAUGAAGAGUUACUUGCUUGUAAUGGUCGUUAUUUUCGUUUAAUACAAAGAACAUUGAAAUAG